CAGAGAGUCGCUUCGUUACGGCCCCAGUUCCUCGUCACCGCCGCUACAAACAACCACCAGCAGUGGGAGUGGCCAGGAAGAGGACAGACGAGCCGGAUAAGAGAGUCGAGAAGGCGGUCUUUUUCCCACCCGCCUGCCGCCUGUCGAGCUCCACACGGAGACUCCAUCCACCUGCUCGGCUGCUGGCUGGCCGGAGGGCAGGCACUCAACUCGGCAUGGACGCUUUGAAGAACGCCGGAAGGGCCAUGAUCAAGAGCCCCGGAGUACCGCGGCACACAUGGGGAACUUCCAAACACCAAAAGCUUCCAGAGAAUUGGACAGACACCAAGGAGACUCUUCUUGAGGGGAUGGCGUUCAACCUCAAGUACCUGGGAAUGACGCUGGUGGUCCAGCCCAAAGGGGAGGACAUGGCCUCCACUGCCAUCCGCAGGAUCGUUACCAUGGCCAGAGCGGGCCCUAAGAAGUUCCGCAAAGUAACGUUGACGGUCUCGCCGAAAGGCAUCGUCAUCACCGACACCGACACUGCGGCUCUAAUAGAGAACGUCUCCAUCUACAGAAUCUCGUACUGCACAGCAGAUAAAAAUCAGGACAAAGUGUUUGCGUACGUCUCCCAGAGUCAGAUCAACGAAACCCUGGAGUGUCACGCCUUCCUCUGCCAAAAGAAGAAGAUUGCCCAGGCUGUGACAUUAACAGUGGCACAGGCCUUCAAAGUAGCUCUGGAUCUUUGGGAGAUGUCCCAGGAAGACAAAAGUAAGAAGGCAAGAAGCGCAUGUUGUUCCUGUGCAGCCGCCGAUCAUGUGACAACAGUCAGUCAGUGUGUUGCAGCAGACCCGAAGGCGUGCUCGUCUGUGGGCGUGGACACGAAGCUUCGUCGUCCCUUCCUGUCCACCUCCAUCAGCUCCCUGUCGCCUUGCAGCAGCCCGGCUAGAAGGCGACCAAUCAAACAUGACUCCUGGGAUGUGGAUGACGGAGCGGAUGACGCAAUCUCAAGCAGCAUGGAAGUACAAGACUCAUGCACUGACCCGACUUCAGACCCAUCAAUGCAGCUCUGAAGAGGUUCACAUGAGAACAUGAAAGAUGCUUCCUGCAAGAAGAGACAUAAAAGCGAUCCGGAACCAAUAAGCGGUGUCAGUCUGGACCCAAAAGGAACAGUCACACCUGCAGGGACGUCCCACAGUGUUGUUUGGACCUGUAAACUACUUUUGGCAGGACCACUUCUUAAGUGUCAUAAAUCAUCUUUGCAAGCAAAAACAAGACUUUUCAUCAACUUACUUCUGGAAUCACAUCUUUUAGGCAGAAGCAAAACAAAAGUGUUAUUGUGGGAUGCCAACACUGCAGAGAAAGAACAUGGAAGUGAGACUUACUGCAAGUUGUGCUUCAGGUGGCCGCCCCACAGUGUUGUCUUACCAUGUUCUAUUUUUGUUUUCAGUUGGCUGCUUGACCGUGUUGUCCUACCAUGUUUUAUUUCUGUUUUCAGGUGUCCGCUCAACAGUGUUGUGUCCUACCAUGUUCUAUCUUCGGGCUGACAUAUUCUAAUGCAUUUAAGUAAGACUAUUUAUACUGCAAAUGACAUCCUAAUCCAACAUGAUCACUUUCACAGCAGCGUGUUUUCUACUUAUGCAAGCAAACCUGAUCAUGUGUUGCAAAAAAAAGACCACCUGUUGUUUCUACUGACAUGCACAAUAAAUUAAUUUGU